UAGCGCUGCGCGCAUGCGCGGGAGCGAGCGUCGAGGAGGCCGGAAGUGAGGUCAGCGCGCGGGUGCGUUGGGCGGGGGAAGACCCGGAAGUGCUCGGGCGCCGCCCCGGAAGCGGCCGCGGCUGCCCGGUUCGCGGCCGAGGAUGGCGGAGGUGGGGGAGGUGUCCGAGGGCUGCCGCCUGCCCGUGCUGCGCCGUAACCAGGACAACGAGGAUGAGUGGCCGCUGGCCGAGAUCCUCAGCGUGAAGGACAUCAGCGGGCGGAAGCUCUUCUACGUCCACUACAUCGACUUCAACAAGCGCCUGGACGAAUGGGUCACCCACGACCGCCUGGACCUCAAGAAGAUCCAGUUCCCCAAGAAGGAGGCCAAGACGCCCACCAAGAACGGGCUGCCCGGCUCCCGGCCCGGCUCGCCGGAGCGCGACCUGAGGAAGAGCCUGGACGCGGCGGCGCCGGCGGCCCCGGCCAGCGGCAAGAGCCUCCCGGUGCCGGUGCAGAUCACGCUGCGCUUUAACCUGCCCAAGGAGAGGGAGCCCGGCCCCGGCCCCGGCCCCGGCCCCGGCGAGGCCGAGCCCCCCCCGGCCCCCGGCCCCGGCCCCGGCCCCCGCCCCACGAAGCGCAAGGCCGACGUCGUGUCGCCCGCAACGCCUGUCCCCGCCACCCCUGACACCUCGCAGGCCUCCGUCUUCCCCCAGAACGGCUCCGCACGCCGCGCCGUGGCCGCCCAGCCUGGACGGAAGAGGAAAUCCAACUGCCUGGGCACCGAUGAGGACUCCCAGGACUCCUCGGACGGGAUCCCGUCGGCGCCGCGCAUGACGGGCAGCCUGGUGUCGGACCGCAGCCACGACGACAUCGUCACGCGCAUGAAGAACAUCGAGUGCAUCGAGCUGGGCCGCCACCGCCUCAAGCCCUGGUACUUCGCGCCCUACCCGCAGGAGCUGACGGCGCUGCCCGUCCUCUACCUCUGCGAGUUCUGCCUCAAGUACGGCCACAGCCUCCGCUGCCUCCAGCGCCACCUGACCAAGUGUGACCUGCGGCACCCGCCGGGCAACGAGAUCUACCGCAAAGGCACCAUCUCCUUCUUCGAGAUCGACGGGCGCAAGAACAAGAGCUACUCGCAGAACCUGUGUCUGCUGGCCAAGUGCUUCCUGGACCACAAGACGCUCUACUACGACACGGACCCCUUCCUCUUCUACGUCAUGACCGAGUACGACUGCAAGGGCUUCCACAUCGUCGGCUACUUCUCCAAGGAGAAGGAGUCGACGGAGGACUACAACGUGGCGUGCAUCCUCACGCUGCCGCCCUACCAGCGCCGCGGCUACGGCAAGCUGCUCAUCGAGUUCAGCUACGAGCUCUCCAAGGUGGAGGGGAAGACGGGGACCCCCGAGAAGCCGCUCUCCGACCUGGGGCUGCUCUCGUACCGCAGCUACUGGUCCCAGACCAUCCUGGAGAUCCUCAUGGGGCUGAAGGCCGAGGGCGGCGAGCGCCCCCAGAUCACCAUCAACGAGAUCAGCGAGAUCACCAGCAUCAAGAAGGAGGACGUCAUCUCCACCCUGCAGUACCUCAACCUCAUCAACUACUACAAGGGCCAGUACAUCCUGACGCUGUCGGAGGACAUCGUGGAGGGCCACGAGCGCGCCAUGCUCAAGCGGGUGCUGCGCAUCGACGCCAAGUGCCUCCACUUCACCCCCAAGGACUGGAGCAAGCGGGGCAAGUGGUGAGGCCCCGCCCCCUCCCGGGGACGGCCACGCCCCCUACGGCCCGGCCACGCCCCCCUCUUCGCCCCCCCAUCUCCAGUAAUUAAACCUCAGCCCAGA